CGCAGAGAAGAUGACGUCAUAUGACUGUACAAAGUUACCUGAGUUGCCCAAACAGGGUAGGCGAGUUUACCUUGAACACAACACACUGCGGAAGUUUUUCUUUAUCUAACCAACUAACUUAAAGAUAUGACUCUUUUUUUAUUUCAAGAACAGUUUUUUGUUGUGUUUACGGAUUUUUAGUCGACUGAGAAAGUUUCACUCAACGCGCGUGAAGCAGACAACAGGUGGAAGUAAUUAGCAGUCGAUUUACCUGCUGCGGGAUUUUGGUAAGUCCCCUCAGAGUUGGUGUUCAUUUUCAUUCAUAUUAGCUGUUAGAUGGAGUUACAAAAAUAGAAAAAACAAAUUUAAUCUGUUACACUUUAGAUACUGAAUGUUUGAGUUUUAGCUGGGAUGGUUGAAGCUGGUCAGGUGUCUGCACGUGAGCUGCCGUGUAUUAUUCAACAAUGCUCAGGUACACCUGACUUUUUUUCCCUUCCUCCUCUCAGGUAGCUGCUGAUUAGUAAGUCAUUUUCUGUCUGGGUAAAAUAAAUGCAAAUAGAGGUGCAUAUUGAUCCUGUGACACUGGUCUAAGUAAACUUUUAUGUAGAGGGAAAACAAUAUAGAAUAGUAACCAACAUUUUCCAGAAGUUGUUAGUGGGAGAUGUCAAGUUGUCAAAACUGCUUAAGCCUUGUUAUAAAUCCUUAACUUGAAGCUGUGUUCCCUUUUUUUGUCUGUGGUCCUUGUUCAAUUUUUAAGCACAUGCUUUCAAAGGUAAGUUUACUGGAUUUCACAAAGUAAGAAAUCUGAGUCCAGUUUUAAUUGUUAUUGUCUCUAAGGCUGGAAAAUGAAACAGAAAUACUCUGUUGACACUAGCUUCUUCAGUUUUUACAUGACGUUAUUUUACAGCUGUUCGACUUUAACUCAUCCAUGCUUCAGCUAGGUCAGUGUCUCUUUUGGUAAUUGGAUAUAAUGUUUGGAAACAGAUAUCAAAAACAGAAUAAGAACAAGAAUAAGAAGAACUCUAUUAAUCCCUGAAAGGAAAUUCAAUUGUCUGUUGUCUCACAUAAUAUAUCACAAAGUUAUCUACUAUUUACACAAGCGUUAUAAAGUCUGAUAGCUGUUUGUACUAAAGAUCAUCUGAAUCUUUCUGGAAUCUGUCUGAAUAACCAACGACUGGUCAUUUGAUUUUUGUUUUAAAAUAGAAAAAACAAGAUUAAAAUACAGCUUGAUUGUCUGUUUAUGUUGUCUGGAACAAGUGAGGAAAAGUCACAUAACGUUUUGAUUUUCAAUUUCAUUUCUAAAAAGAAAAUAGAAUAUCACACAAGCCCAUAGACUGUAUAAUUGGCACGGACCAGCUGCUGCCUGGCACUGACGUUACCUGGUCUCUUCCAGCUCCUUGUGUUCAGACUGUAUUCUCUCAACAGUCACCUCACUGUUGGCAGCAGGCUGUGUGACGGGUGUGGUGGUCCAAAAUAUUUACAUUUAUGCAGUAAACAGUUACAUGUAAAAGCAGAGGGUGUGUUUAAAAAAAUACUGUCAAAAGUCACUUAUUAACACUACAAACUCACAUUGAUUUGAGUUGUUUUUGUAAUAGAUUCUUAAUGAAUCUAUAUGUGUUGACGGGUUAAAUAAGACUAUUUAGUAUUCCAGACCAGCUGUUAAACUGAGCUUUACAGAAGCCAGCCUGUCUACUACACUCCAUUGUUGAACCAAAAUUAUAAAAUUGUUCUCUUUAAAUGUACAAAUCCAACAAAGAAAAAAAGAGGUGCUAUUUUUAUACACCCGGCAGAGGCUGUGAUAUUCCAUUUUCUUUCUAGAAAUGAAAAUUGAAAAUCAAACCACUAUGUGACUUUUCCUUACUUGUUCCAGACAAUAAAAAAGAAAAAAAAAGCUGUAUUUCAAGAUUGUUUUUUCUAUUUUAAAACAAAAAUCAAAUAACCAGUUGUUGUUCUAUUAUUGAUAUCUGUUUCCAAAUGUUAUAUCCAAUUGCCAAAAGAGACACGGACCCAGCCAGUUCUGCCUUUUUGUUUGUUUGUUUGUUUGAUGCACUUUACUUUUGAGUCAAAAAAAGAAAAUGGUGUUUUAAUCACAUGUAUAAGCCACAGAUUUUGUUUACCUGCAGAUAUGGAGGAGUCCAGUGACAUGUACGAUACAUAUGAGACGAGUGAUACCGCUCCAUGGGCUGACCUCCAUCAUCACUGUCUGGAAGAUCAAAACGAUGUGGAGCAUCUCAGGAGGAAGAUCAAAUAUUACUUCAUGAACCCGUGUGAGAAGUACCAUGCUCGGGGUCGAAAACCAUGGAAACUCUUACUGCAGAUCAUCAAGAUUGCCAUCAUUACCGUCCAGGUAUUGACCUCAGACAUUGCACGAACAGGUGUUAAUAGUGUUAAAGCACCGAAAUGACAUCACUUCUCUCCCCUCAUCUCAGUUAGUGAUCUUUGGGCUGAGCAACCAGAUGGUUGUCACAUUUAAGGAGGAAAAUCUGAUGACAUUCAAGCACCUCUUCUUGAAAGAUUAUGUCGAUGGAGGCAUGGAUACAUACGCUGUGUACAGACAGGAGGAAGUUUACGAUCACAUCGAUCACAUCAUUAAAAAAGUAAGUGGGGUUUCAAUUUUGCUUUGUCUGCACUUUAUUUCAAAGAGCACCAGGAGGGCAUGAUUAUACUUUUUGGAAACUGUUAGUGAUUCAGUUUAUCCUAAAUAUGUGACAGUAAAAUGUUCCUUUUGCUUUUGCUCAUCUGUAAAUCAUUGUUGAAAUGUUAUAACUCUACAUGCUUAUAUGGACAGGACCUUACAAUGUUCACAUAACAAGUUAUAGCAUGUCAUGGGACUGGACUUUGUUCGUGUCUUUUUAAAUUAGUCAUUUUGUUUUCGUAUGCUCUCACUGAACAAACCAGCUUUAACGACUCUAACCCUAGUCAGUCACAAAUGCAUGUAUCGCAGGACUGGUACGUCUGCAGAUGUAGGGAGUGUGCAGAAAAAGGAUUUCAAUGGAUAUAAUAGUUAUCUUAGCACAAGUGCUGGAUAAACAGGCAUAUAUUUGCCUAAGUCAUUAUGCUAGGAGUAAGUUGGAAUGAUAACCCAAAAGUUAAAUAAGUUAAAUGAUAGAUAGAUGAUAGAUGGAAAGAGUUAGCUGAAAGUGAUAAAUAAACUGUUGUAAUAAUUCGUUUCCAUUAGCUAACUCUUGUAUUAGCUGGUUUGAAAGUGAAAUAUCAAUUGUUUUUACAUUAAAGGUUAAAACAAAUUCAACAUUUAGUCGCCUGAAGUCAUGAAUAAGUUGCGAAAAAUAACUUAAAGCACAGGACAAACAGUUUAAAAAGUUAGCUAACUGUGAAGGGGGAGGUGUUAUUUUAGCCUUUUUUGUCACAAAGUAUUAAACUGUUGAAAACUUUUGAUGAGUUUACUUAAACUGAUGGACUUAAAAUCCAGUAGCUGGGUAAAGCGAAUGGGUAAAGGGUGACACACUGAAACCAAGAGUGAAAAGUUAAUAUUGAGACCAAAUCAAGGAUGGUAGACAUUCAGUUUUCGGACAGGACAGCUGAAGAGAGGCAGGAGAGACGGGUAAAACCAGCUGUCGCUUUGACUGAUUCUGUAUUCAGGAAACACUUUGACCUUUGAGCCUGACUGCAGCCACAAUACUUCAGUUUUAUCCAGGUGCUUAUCAUAAUGUCCAAUUUGCUUUUAGUACGGACAUCUGCACAACAUCACUGUUGGCAAUCAUGAAUAUGAGAGAAAGGGAGCCUUCUACACCCCGCUGUCACUGUGCCAGGAGUUCUACCAAAACGGCUCCAUCUACCCCAGCAAUGAGACCUUUGAAAUAGAUGCCAAAGUGGUGACCGGUAUGUGUGGGUACAAUGGAGGACACUGAAGUCAGGUUUUUGGAAAAGAGGGUGACGUUUUUGUUUGAUGUUGUUGUUUUGAACCGACAGAGUGUCUUGAGAUUUACCCGAUGUAUCACCCCACACUACGGGAAAAGUAUCCAAACUUCGAACUGCAUUUUAAAAGGUAUGAGAGUAAUUCGUCUUCUCGAGUUUGAAUUUGACGUGACAGCCUUCUCAGUGGAUGUGCCUGUUCUGUCUUCCAGAUUGCUCACUGUCAAGAUCAGUUUCGUUCUCAAGGCUAUAAAUCUGCAGACAGUGAGACACCGAGAGCUGCCAGACUGCUACGACUUCACUGUCAUUGUACGCCAUUUGACUUAUCAUGAGGGCUCAAUAAACAGCAGAGCAAUACACCAGACUUUGUCACUUAAAAUCAAUCAUAUGAAAUGUGAUUGUUGAAUUAAUGGUUGCAAUGAUUUGAAAAAUCUCCUCAAGUGCUUUUAAACUUUGUCUCAAACAUGGCUGUCUGGUUAACAGAUCACUUUCGACAACCAAGUUCACAGCGGCAGGAUAAAGAUUGACCUGGAAAAUGACGUCGACAUCAACGAGUGCAAGGACUGGAAAGUAACUGGAGCGUGUGAGUUUGUAUUUAAUAUUCACAGGAGAAUCUUCUGAAUCUGAAUCAUCAGGCUUUAAAGUCGACGUUCAGGAGUCCUGGGAUUAAAUACGGCUGCUGUCUUGUUUGAAACUCCGCUGAGCAUUAAAUCUGAGGAUGUUCGACUCUUCGGAUGACACUAAUACCAGUGUGUCUGUACUUACAGCCGCCAGGAACAUAAACCUGACCGUGCUGUUUGACUGCCUCAUCAUUAUAACCUGCAUCACUUCCUUUGCCCUCUGCACACGCUCGGUGAUAAAUAGCAUUCAGCUGCAGUUUGUAAGUGAUUUCCACCUCAUUUGGCAGUUUGAUGUGUUGCUUGCUCAGGUGUAAGAAGCCGUAUGAUUAUUAGAUCUAUAUCAGUGUGGUGUUUUGAUAAAGUGCCGGUCAGUAAAUGCAAAAACUUUCAACGCGUACCUGAAAUCAAAACCAAAGGGGAAAGUUGCUGCAGUUUGCAAACAUGUGCAUCUCUUUUGGUUCUGAACAGGAAUACACACUUUACUGCAGGACCAAGUGUGGUAAAGAGGUACCACUGUCCGACAGGUUGGAGUUUCUGAACGGGUGGUACAUCCUGAUCAUCGUUAGCGACACGCUGACCAUCAUCGGCUCCAUCCUCAAGAUUGAGAUCCAGACGAAGGUAACUCAGAUCACAAAAUGACUGAGAUUGGUCGAUCUGUUGUAAAUCGUAUUUUAAAACACAUUGUGUUUCUUUUAGGUCCUAACAAGUUAUGACAUCUGCAGCAUCUUCCUCGGGACUGGCACCAUGUUUGUCUGGAUUGGGGUCAUCCGCUACAUGGGCUACUUCAGGAAGUACAACGUAAGACAAAAGUUUUUCAUCAAAUACAGUUCAUGUCGAUUAGUCUUUGAAUUAUUUUGCUUAUUUUAACCUUCUUGUUCAUAUUUCUUCAAACUUAAAAGCCAAAAAAUAUUAGGAGUAUCAAUGUAAACAAAACAAAAACAUACACGUCCCACAUUCAUCCUCGUCCUGCUACACUUUCUUUGGUUUCAAACGCUCAGGUAGAUAAAGUGUGAUUACCAAGUGAUUAAUUCAGACAGUUAAGACAUUUUUCUUUCUUUAAACUUUAGCAGAUGCUAAUGUUCAGACAAAUCCUUCUUUUACCUGUUGUUUUUUUGUCUCCUUUCAGACCCUCAUCUUGACUCUCAGGGCAGCUUUCCCCAAUGUGAUCCGUUUUAUCUGCUGUGCUGGAAUUAUCUAUCUGAGUUACUGUUUCUGCGGCUGGAUCGUCCUCGGCCCCUACCAUGAGAAGGUGAGGACAGUUUUAUCUGCUGAUAAACCUUUCUUUGUUUUAGCUUUGCUAUAUUCUGCUCGGCUUUUUUCACAGUGAGGAGCAAGUAAAAACUUUGAAUCCUUUUUGUCCUUUUUUAGUUCCGUACGUUAAACACGGUGUCCGAGUGUUUGUUCUCCCUGAUCAACGGAGACGACAUGUAUCCCACCUUCAAGAACAUGAGGCAGAAGAGCAGCCUGGUGUGGGUUUUCAGCAGGGUGUAUCUCUACAGCUUUGUCUCACUCUUCAUCUACAUGAUCCUCAGCCUCUUCAUCACGAUCAUCACAGACACCUACGACACCAUCAAGGUACUGUUUACUCCUGUUUGCGAUAAUUACAGCACAUCACCGUGGAUCGUUUUUCUCUCCCUGCCCACUCUGCCUUCAUACUCCGAGAAAAUUAGAAAGACGAAGUGUGUAAUUAGUCCGACACAAUGAGGACCCACAAGUGCUUAUUGGUGUGAAACUUCAGAGCAUCAAAAGUAAAAGUAAUGAGCGGUCAGUUUGACAUAUUCCAGAAAACUAAUAUGAACACACAAUCACUUGUAUAUAAGUGCAUAAAAUAAGGAGCUUAUUUAAUGUUUUGUAGUGAAUCGAAAGUUCUGUCAUCAAAGACUUAUUUUUAUUUGGUUUAAAUACAUUAUAGUUGCAUUUAAACUUAGAUUUUUUGCACAAAAUAAGGUACUAAAAGUGAGAUUUCUCUCUCACUUUUAAAUACCCAAUCCGAUGAAAAUCAUGUUUUUCUUGUUCUCUACAUGUUCAAAUGGCCUUUUUCUGAUGCUACAGGACAUAUAAUUAGAAAAAUAAGUGUGAAAUUGUAUUUCUGCAUUCAAAUCUCUGUGAAUCUCCGACAGACCCAAACAUCGGGUUCAGAUAUAGUGAGAUUUCCUAUGUAGCAAGUCCAAACUCCGCCCCCACUAUGCAGGCCAGACUUGGAGAAAUAGAGAGGACGAUCACGAAACAAGCGUGUGCGUUGACGGACUGCAAUGCUCGUAAGAAAGCUAAUUGUGAUAUUAGCUUUCAUGUCCCUAAAGACAUUAGUGUCCGAGAGCUGAAUAGCUCCUAAGUUACCUGCCACUUUUGCUACACCGUCAAUGUUAGGCAGCAAGCUAGCGUGAAGAGGAGAAAAAAAAAAAGAACGAUCUGAGUGGGACUAUAAGAGUUGAAAUAUUAGGUUAGGAAACAAGUAUUAAAUCCUCUACACAAUUGAAGGGAAUCAUUUAAGUUAUGAAAUUACAUUCACUUCAAUGUGCAACAUGUAAAAUGAUAGGUUAUUUAGGACUUUACAUAAUGGAUUCAAAACGCUCGUUAAUAAGAGGUGUAGUAUAAUCCAGAUAAUACAAAGUCUAGUAGAUUUAAUCUCUCCGCUUUAGGCUUUUAUGCUAAUCUAUUAGCUUAAGCAUAAACUUAAAUCAGAACUUUGAGAGAAUAGUUUCCGUGCAAAAACCUGAAACGCUCCAGCACCAGGUUGAGUUAAUAAACUCACCACUGAUGGUUUUCAUACUGUUUCCAGAGCAAAUGUCAUGCUUCACUUUCUUCUUUGUUUCAUGCAGCAGCAGCAGCAGAGCGGAGUCCCCACAUCUGAGCUGCAGAAAUUCUUGUCGGAGUGCAAAGAUCUGCCGAAUUCUGGGCUGUAUCGACUGAACAAGGAAAAAGGCUGCUUUUUAGACUGCUGCAUCAACAGGUAUGUCAAACUUAGUUUACUCUGCAUUUAAGACUGGACUUUUAAAGACAUUUUUACUAAGCAGACACUUUUGAAUGCGUCCUGUAGUCACUAUGCUGAGCUGUUCUCCUCUUUCAGGUUCACCAGGCUUCAGGAAGAGAGUCGAACUUCAGAGGCGUAGCAAGCACUUUGGUGAUCUUAAACACUCUAAACUAUAAAUUAAACUGUAGCCUAACACUAAAUGAGCACUUUAUUCUAUUAACAUUGAACAGGAGAUUCCUGAAUCAUUUUAACAUUUGACUCUAAACAUGAAUUUGAAGGAAAUUUAAGCUUUUUGGUGCUUUACAGACCAAAUCUCAGUAAGACUGUCCUUAAUGUGAUGCACUGUGGUGGAGAGCAAUCUUUGUAAAUACACUGUCAUAUUGUAUAUAUUCAUUCAUACCUAUAAAGAUGUAC